GUACCGCCGCUCGCGCCUGCGCUAGCUUCCCGGCCUGCGCGCACGCACUCACUGCGCUUCUGCUUAGCCUGUGGCGGAAAUCUUGCGGGUCGGGUUGGACGUGCUAGGUGGUGCGCAGGUUUGGUGACUGUGGCGUUGGCUUCCCCUGGGCCUGGCUCUCAGUACAGGGCGUUUCCGUGGCCUCGGUCGCGUCCUUGUCAGGUCCCCUUUCCCCUCCCGCCCCACCACACCGGAGCGCGUCUUCCUUAAGCUCUGCCACUUACCUGGUCCCAGGCUCCUCGGAGCUCUCCAACACCACACCCCCGUCCAGUCGUCCUCAGGCCCGCCCCAGUCCUCGGCGUAUCUUCCUAAGGCAGCCCCUCACCCCCGGCCCGUUCUCAGAGCCCUCCCAACCUUCCACCUCCGCUCCCGCGGCCCCACUAUAGGAUGGGGGACAACACCAGCCCUAUCAGCGUGAUCCUGGUGAGCUCGGGGAGCAGGGGCAAUAAACUGCUAUUCAGGUACCCCUUCCAGAGAAGCCAGGAGCACCCGGCGUCUCAGACAAAUAAGCCCCGUAGCAGAUACGCUGUGAACAACACCAGGGACAAUGCCGAGGAUCAGGAUGGGGACUCCAGCGAGCCAUGUCCUCCAACCGAUGAGCAAUUGGUUGCAGGGUUCUCAGAUGUCAUCCUGGCAACAAUUUUGGCAACCAAGUCUGAAAUGUGUGGCCAAAAAUUUGAACUGAAGAUUGAUAAUGUGCGUUUUGUUGGGCACCCGACACUCCUGCAGCAUGCACUGGGGCAGGUCUCCAAAACAGAUCCGUCCCCGAAGAGGGAAGCUCCCACCAUGAUUCUUUUCAAUGUGGUGUUUGCUCUGAGGGCCAAUGCAGACCCCUCGGUGAUCAACUGCCUGCACAACCUCUCCCGACGGAUCGCCACCGUGCUGCAGCACGAGGAGCGCCGCUGCCAGUACCUCACUCGGGAGGCCAAGCUGAUCCUCGCGCUGCAGGAUGAGGUGUCUGCUGUGGCCGAUGCCAGUGAUGGUCCUCAGUCCCCAUUCCAUCACAUCUUGCCCAAGUGCAAGCUGGCCAGGGACCUGAAGGAAGCUUAUGACAGCUUGUGUACGUCUGGCGUGGUGCGGCUGCACAUCAACAGCUGGCUGGAGGUGAGCUUCUGCCUGCCCCACAAGAUCCACUAUGCUGCUGCAAGCCUCAUCCCCCCUGAGGCCAUAGAGCGGAGCCUGAAGGCUAUUCGCCCAUACCAUGCCCUGCUGCUGCUCAGCGAUGAGAAGUCUCUGCUGGGUGAGCUCCCGCUCGACUGCUCCCCGGCCUUGGUGCGAGUGAUCAAGACCACAUCAGCUGUGAAGAACCUGCAGCAGCUGGCCCAGGAUGCCGACCUGGCCUUGCUGCAGGUUUUCCAGCUUGCGGCUCACCUGGUGUACUGGGGCAAGGCCAUCAUCAUCUACCCGCUGUGUGAGAACAAUGUCUACAUGCUUUCCCCCAACGCCAGUGUGUGCCUGUACUCCCCGCUGGCGGAGCAGUUCUCCCACCAGUUCCCGUCUCAUGACCUGCCAUCCGUCCUUGCCAAGUUCUCCUUGCCUGUCUCCUUGUCAGAAUUUAGGAACCCCCUUGCUCCCCCUGUGCAAGAGACCCAGCUCAUUCAGAUGGUGGUGUGGAUGCUGCAGCACAGGCUCCUGGUCCAGCUGCACACUUACGUUUGCCUGAUGGCCUCACCCAGCCAGGAUGAGCCCCGUCUGCGGGAGGAGGAGGUCCCCUUCACUGCCAGGGUCGGCGGUCGCAGCCUCAGCACGCCCAAUGCCCUCAGCUUUGGCUCCCCAACCAGCAGUGACGACAUGACGCUCACGAGCCCCAGCAUGGACAACUCCAGUGCAGAGCUGCUCCCCAGUGGGGACUCCCCGCUGAACAAGAGGAUGACAGAGAACCUGCUGGCCAGCCUGUCAGAGCACGAGCGGGCAGCCGUCCUCAGUGUGCCUGCGGCCCAGAACCCCGAGGACCUCCGCAUGUUUGCCAGGCUCCUGCAGUACUUCCGAGGCCGCCACCACCUAGAGGAGAUCAUGUACAACGAGAACACAAGGCGCUCCCAGCUGCUCAUGCUCUUCGACAAGUUCCGCAGCGUGCUGGUGGUGACCACCCACGAGGACCCGGUCAUCGCCGUCUUCCAGGCGCUGCUCACGUGAGCCUGGGCGGAGGAUGCAGAGGCAGGCUGCUGCAGCUGGUGGGGGCGUGUCACUCAUCUAGUCCUCAAAACUGGUUCAGUGUCUGAGCUGAGGAGGUGAGGCUCUGAGCGGAGGAGGCGUUCAGGACUCAUGCUGAGUGAGGCCCGCGUGCUUCCCACACAGAUUUGGGUCACAUGUUUCUUUGACCUUCCAGUCCAGCCUGUGCUCCUCGGCUCCUCCACUGCUGCCCUUCCAAGCCUGAGGGUCAUGUGCCUGGCCCAUCGCGUGUGGCCCGGCACUGUCCCAUUCCUCCCAGCCCGUGGGCAUUUCCUGGCCUGGCCGUCACCACAGCCCUGUGUAGCCACCAGGAAGCUCAUGGCCAAGCCACCCCCCCCCCCCUUUGUCACGUGAGGCACGAGGGCCUGGGCUGAUCCACAGUGCUUCCUUGGCCCUGGGGUGGAGCAGAGGGGAGUGCAGGGGCCCCGCAACAGGCCCAAGGAAGGGCGUGUCUGCGCUGGGCCAGGCUCUCUACCCCACGGCACGGCACUCGCAGGGGCCUGACAUCCCCAUCCUGGAGGAAGCCGAUCGUUACGGGGCAGUGGUCGGGGGGGCCCUCUGGUCAAGACACAAGCAACACGUUUUCUAGAAAUGAAGUGUUUAUUUGGGUUUUAAACAAUUAAAAAGUU